GUCUUUUUCCCCUGGCGCUUGCCUCUUCUGAACAGUGAAUCAUGGCUCGGCGCUCUAUCAGUCUUCUCGCCCCUGCAGUGGCGAUCGUCUUGCUGUUCAGUGUUGUGACUGGACAGUUGAACUUUCUGGUGCCGCAGCUUUCCCACAAGGGACAGAUGAUGGGAUUGCUUUCGUCUUCUACUUUGACCCAGGGUUUGAAGACGUCAUAUGCUGCAUCUGAGAGUUCAUCACAGCCACAUUGGGCGGUCGCAUCCGCCGUCGUAGUUGCAUUGGCGGCAAGGAAUCUCAGAAAAGUUGCAACGAAGGCAAAGACAAAGAAGCAGCAGCUCCGUGACAUGACGGCUCCAGAUACUGCUGAUGCGGUUCGAGAGGAGAGAAAGAAGGGAGCCAAGAACGUGAAGGGAGGUUCAAAGAUGCAAAGGUUUUUCAGCGUCCGGAAUCGCAAAUUCUGGGACUUCACAGUUUGGCCCCGAACCUAUUUCAAGCGCGUUUGGGAGAAGAAGGAUUGGCUUUAUGCUGCACUCUUUGGAUUGAUCCACGCCGGAGCCUUCUGCGCGCCUUUCUACUUCUCUUGGGAUGCCCUUGCUGUCGGUUUCGUCGGCUAUGUCAUCACUGGUAUGUUGGGCAUCACGCUGUCCUAUCACCGCCAGCUCGCGCACCUGUCCUUCAAAAGUCCCAAAGUUGUGGAAUACUUCAUGGCUUACUGCGGAGCCCUGGCCAUGCAGAGCCAUCCAAUCAAUUGGGUGUCAUCUCAUCGGCAUCACCAUGGAGCAACUGACACAGCCAAUGAUGUCCAUUCUCCCAAAGAUGGAUUUUGGUGGUCGCACGCAGGGUGGCUCUUGGACCAGAAGGGAACUUGGAUGAGGGUGGACAAAAGCAAUGCUGAGGAUUUGUCAAAGCAGUGGUUUUACAGGUUCUUGCAAAAGACAUAUCCACUGCAUGCAAUUGUCCUACCCAUUGUGGGACUCUACUGUUGGGGUGGUUUGCCAUAUGUGCUUUGGGGAUUCUUCGCAAGAGUGGUAUGGACCUGGCACAUCACAUGGGCGGUGAAUUCUGUCAGCCACGUUUGGGGUUUUCAGGACUGGAAUACAGGUGACAUCUCGAUGAACAACUGGCUGAUUGGCAUCCUCGCAUUCGGUGAGGGCUGGCACAACAACCACCAUGCAUUUGAGACAUCGUGCCGACAUGGGCUGAAAUGGUGGCAAAUCGAUAUGACUUGGUACACCAUAAAGUUGCUGGAGUCCGUGGGACUUGCAUGGGAUCUCAAGUAUCCGAGUGAAGCCAAGAAGAGGAAGCUGAGUUGGGACGCAGACGAAGCGGCUAGCGCUGCAAUUGCUUGAAACAAGCCAUUACAUGCGUUCGACCGCAGGGCCAUCGCGCCCUUUGCAGCGCGAAUGCCAAUCCAUUCCGGUGCAGGGAGCAUUUGUGCCCGCCGCACAAUUGCGCUCUCCUACAGGGAGUCCCAAGCAAACUUUUUUCCACAUUCCGUCCGCCUUUGUAGGGCGAAUAGAAUUAAUCAAUCUAGCAGAGUUGUAAAAUUCUAAAGGCACGGCCUGCGAUAUGUCAAGUGACUUUGCAAUCCCGUGGCACGCGCUCUGUGCAAGAGUCCAAAAACAAAAGUGUUCAUGUGCAGAUU